CAAAAAUGAUAACAAAAGAUUGACAGCAAUAAUAAUACGCCGAACUUAUAGGAAUACAGUAUACAUACUUUUAAGAAAUAUUGGCUUUGUGUUCGAGAAUAAAUAUGUCUAUUGAUAAAGAUCCUAUCUGUUAAAACAGCUGCCCAAUUUCAAUUUGAUCUGUAACUUAGGAAGUGUUAUAGGUUAACUCUAACAUGGGAUCAGUUCAUAUGUAAUAGUGUAUUUGUAAAUAGUGUAGAGGGCUAAAGAAUAUUAGUUUUAGACAAUGAUACCUUCCAAUACAAUAUGCGUUUCGCAGGAAGGUCCUGCAAAUGCUUUGGCUUUAAACAAAGAUUGUACACAAGUUGUUAUAGCUGGCAGAAAUGUGUUUAAAGUGUUUUCAAUUGGAGAAGAUGAGUUUUCAGAAGUGUGCAACCUGAGGGUGGGAAAAAACUUAAAUUUGAAUUUUUCUUCCAUUGAUGUGGCUUGGAGUACAAUAGAAGAGAAUACUCUAGCCACAGCAGCUACCAAUGGGGCAGUGGUGGUUUGGAACCUCGGAAGAUCGGGACGCUCCAAACAGGAACAUGUCUUCUCUGACCACAAAAGAACUGUUAAUAAGGUUAGUUUUCACUUGACGGAACCAUCACUUCUGAUCUCCGGCUCUCAGGAUGGCAUGAUGAAAUGUUUUGAUCUUCGUAUGAAGGAGGUAGCUCGUACAUUUAUCAGCAACACAGAGUCGAUCCGCGACGUUCAGUUCAGCCCGCACCAGGCGCACACGUUCGCCGCUGUGUCGGAGAACGGCACGGUGCAGGUGUGGGACUCCCGGCGCAGCGAGCGCUGCCUGCAGCAGUUCACCGCGCACUCGGGGCCGGUCUUCGCCUGCGACUGGCACCCCGAUGUGCCCUGGCUCGCCACCGCCUCGCGCGACAAGACCAUCAAGGUGUGGGACAUGCACGGAAAGCCUAACUUAGAAUACACCAUAUACACGAUAGCAUCCGUCGGGCACGUCAAAUGGCGGCCACAAAAGAAGUACCAGGUGGCGUCGUGCGCGCUGGUGCUGGACUGCGCCGUCCACGUGUGGGACGUGCGCCGUCCCCACGUACCGCUCGCCACCUUCGCCGAGCACCGCGACGUCACCACCGCCAUCGCCUGGCUCUCCCCCGCCGCCUUCCUCUCCACCAGCAGGGACUGCAGCCUGUACCGGCAUCGCUUCCUGGAGGCGGCGCACCCCGUGCUGUGGGCCAACCCGCAGAGCGUGUGCAUCUCCGCGCGCGGCGAGGUGGUGCACGCCGUGCCCGAGUGCCCGCUGCCCGCCCUCGCCGCACCCCCCGCCGCAACACCCGCACCCCCCGCCGACAGACACGUGCCCGGACUGGGACGUAAGCAGCCGACUGCGGGCUCGCUGUCGGCCUCGGCGCAGGCGGCGCUGGAGCGCGCGUUCCCCGGCGGUGCGGCCUCAGUGGUGGCGCGACACUGGCCCGCCCCCGCCCCCGCCCCCGCCCCCGCAGACGCACUGCUGCACUGCGCGCGUCGCUACCGCAUGCGCGGCGAGCCCCCGCACAUGCUCGCCAAACACAACGCCGCGGUCGCGCGAGAGGCGCAGCGACAUUGUGUGGAGCACGUGUGGGAGGUGGUGCGCGCGGUGUGCGGGGCCCGCGCCACCGCCCGCCGAGCGCCCGCGCCGCCCCCGCCCCGCGCGCCUCCGCCCCGCGACGACCCGCCCCCCGCCACGCCCGCCUACAGCACAGUGGAAGAGGAGCCGAUGGGCGAGGUGGAGGAGGAGUGGGAGGAGAACCAGUUCCACAACAGCGGCGUGCUGGGUCUGCCCACGCAGAGCAUCUACAUCCCGCCCGCCAAGUUCGCCAAGCAAAUGCGAGACGACGAGGCGGGUUGCGGCUGGGUGUCUGCGGCCUCCGCGCACUACGUGGACGUGGAGGCGCUGGACUGGACCCUGCCCGAGGAGGCGUUCCCUCUGCGCAGCGCCCCGCCCGCCCCGCUCGCCCUGCACGCCCUCCCGCACCACGCCCACCUGCCACACCUCGCACACCUCCACCACCACCACCACCACUACGACGACAUCGAGCACGACGGUGUGUUAGGGGGCGCGGGGUGCGGCAGCUCCUCCCCGGGCGGGUCCAGUUCGGGCGCGUCCGGCGGCUCGGGCUCGCACGACGCCGCGCACCGCACAUACAGCCAUCAAAACUCCAUCAGUACGAUGGAGGAGGUGGAGGGUGGCGAGGGCGGGGAGGGGGGCGAGGCGGGCGCGCUGUCGGUGCGCGUGGGCGAGGAGCGCAGCGCGCGGCCGGACGUGGCGCCGCUGCUGGCGCAGGCGCUGCAGCUGCACGCGGCGCUGGGCGACGUGCAGACCGCCGCCGUCGUCUGCAUCGUGCUGCACGAGCACAGGAGCGACCUCUUCUCAUACAUCGAGGAGAGUCUGCAGGAGCAGUGGCUGCUCGGGUACAUCGAGCUGCUGCAGCGGCACAAGCUGUGGAACGUCGCCACUGAAGUGGUGCGGUGCGCGUGGCUGAGCAGCGUGUGGUCGCUGUCGCAGCAGUCGAGCAGCGUGGCGGCGUGCUGCGGGCGCUGCGGCCGGCGCACGCGCACGCGGGCCCCGUGCGAGCUGCGCCCCGCGCCGCCCCGACCUCUGCGCAGUCUGCCACCAGGUGGUGUGCGGACUGUACGCGUGGUGCCAGGGCUGCUCGCACGGCGGACACCUGCUGCACAUGCGCAGCUGGAUGCAGCAGCACCGCAUCUGCCCCGCCGGCUGCGGACACUACUGCCAGCUCGCCUGACUCUCUAACUAAGCACUGUCUUAGUGUAACAUUCUCACCUUUGCUGUCACACUCGAGAGAUAUUUUCAAAGUAAACGACGCAGACGUCUUAAGUUACCAACUAGCGAGUGCUGCGGUAGAUAUUUCGAAACA